UUGAAGGCCAGAAAUGUGAGAUUUAGGGUUUUGGUUUUCGGGAGUCCUAGUGUAGUCGUGUUGUUGUUGUGGUUGGAGAGGUUUUGGCGAUGACGACGUCGAGCUCGUCCACGAUGCUCCUGCUACGGCGGGCUAUGGCAACUGCCGCCAAAAACGCUGGAGCUGCAACGACGGAGGUUGCGAAGGCGCCAGGCACAGGGAACCCGAAGAAGAAGAAUUUGUUCGAUGUAGCUAGGCUACUACCUGGCUGGGGUAUCGGUCACAAAGUCGCGAAGUCGCAUUGGAAGCCACAUUCGUAUUAUAAGCUCUACGACGUUAAGUUGCGAAAGGAUGCCGGACAUGGCGUCGCAUGGGGAAUUUAUCAUGAAGAAGGUGUAGAGGCAGGGAAGCUACAGAAGAUUAGCGGAGCAAACAAACGUUGUUGGAAGUAUGUAGCAGAUGGACCAGAGCGAACUUGGCAAUUUGUAGCUUCACAGAAGACUGUGGUACCCGACAAAGAGAAAAUGGAGUCUUAGCUUAGCAUCGUUUUAUUUAUUUUUUAAAACAUUUUGAGUAGUAUCACCUUACAGUUUUCCACGUAUCCCUUGGCCAUUCUCCAUGUGGCGUCUUCAUGAAUUCUAUGAUGACAGCUGGAUGGAGUAAUCGCUCUGACAGCAUGUGUUUACGGGAACAUUCCACCCUGCCUUGAAUUUCUUCCAGAUCCUGGGCAUGAUAGGCUUUGAUCUUAACAGAAGCAUGUCUAACUGUUAGUGAAGCGUCUUGAUAAUCAACUUAUGAUAUGCCUGUACACUUUGACGUUUCUCGACUAAUCUCUGUUUUAUAUCGGUGUGCGAUGGCA